UGUCCAAGCCCAUCCCAAGACCGCAGAUGGUUUUAAACGGUGGCGGGACGCAACUUUUCACUCGGUGUGAUCUCAUCUGAAACAGCUUUCUGCAGCGAGGGUUAGCCGCCAAUAUGGUGAGGACUAAAGCCGACAGUGUUCCUGCAUCAUACAGAAAAGCUGUUGCAGCUUCUGCACCCCGGAAGUCGCUGGGCGCCAGUUUGGCCAACGCGGCGUCGUCAUCCAGCAGCAGCUGUUCCACUCCAGCAAAGAACAAAUACGCUGGCGGGAAUCCUGUGUGUCCUCGCCCCACCCCUACCUGGCAGAAAGGCAUCGGAGAUUUCUUUGGGGGCCCUCCCAGAAAACCAGAGAAGGAGAAUCAGAAACCCACAGAGUCCGAUGAGGAGGAGGCCGGCGGCAGCGGGAUGUCCAAGCCCAGCAGGAAGUCCAGACCUCUGCCCACUGAGGAUGAGGAAGAUGACUGAGCAUCUCUAGUGGCUUUUUAAUGUACAUCUGUAUAUAAUGACAAAUGAAUUCUGCUGUAAAGUUCAAUAAACAUGUUUUUACUUUCUUUUUAAACAUGGGAGUCACGACGUUUCAGUGAUGUGUUUUCUGUCCAGCUUUUUCUAUUAAAGACUCGGGAAAACUGAA